CUAAGGGUGGGUCUGUCCUUCGUGCGGGAGGGGUCGCGCGGCCGCAAAUCAGUGCCGUGAACGCUUCGGGUUCGGGUCUGCUCUCGCGCGAGUUGCAAGGGCGGUGAUCCGCGUGCGAUACACCAUCCGAUCGCUCGUGGGCCACCCGGUGCAUGGUCUCUUGGUGCGCGGUCGCCUCUUCUCGCCGACAACGAGCACGAUCGAAGGCGGAUGGAACGUGGCGCUUUCCUGCUUUCCUGAUUCCCCCGCUUCUGUCAGUAAUAGAGAAAGAGAGAGAGAGAUAGAGAGUGAGAAAGAGAGAGUGACGGAGAAACGCACACGAGCCCCCCCGGUACGUAGGUACCGCUCCGGUCGUUCAUGGCUGCGGCUCGGGGUGGGGGAAAACAAGCCCUGUAACGACGUAAGAUCCCAAAAGCUUUAUGCAGGAAUAUGUCAAGUUUAAAAAUCGUGUUGGUAAUGCACUUGCUUGCGCUACCCUUGAGAACAAUGGAUUCUGACCAAAGAAAUCAGCAGGUGCAUCAGCACUGAACAAAAAAAAGCAAAAAUAAAGUAAUCAAUGCCUGCUGCACUCACGCCAUCGACUCUGUACAAGACUUAAGAUUUAUUGAAGUAGUACGUGAGUAGCAGCUACUCACGCCACACUCUCAGCUGUACAUAUAAAUUUAAAUACAUAUAUAUAUAAUAUAUCGUCGUAUAUAUAUAUCUAUAUAUAUAUAUAUACACAUCAUAUAUAUACAUAUAUAUAUAUAUAUACAUACAUAUAUACAUAUAUAUGUAUUUAUUUUUUCGCACAUGGCAGCCAUGAAGCAUGGCAAGACGAGUCAAGACGACGUAUGUUACGUUGUCGCCAAAUAUGAUUACGGUGCACAGGGCGCCCAGGAACUAGAUUUACGUAAGAAUGAUCGUUAUCUAUUACUGGACGAUUCGAAACAUUGGUGGCGAGUGCAAAGUGCGAGGGGACAGGCGGGAUACGUGCCGAGCAACUAUGUUAAGAAGGAGAAGCCUUCGUUGUUCGACAGUAUUAAGAAGAAAGUUAAGAAGGGUUCCGGCUCUAAGACAUUGCCAUCCAGUAACUCGCCGUCUCGUGCGGUUGAGUCACCCAUCAUGGCGCGACGUCUACCGGCCGAUCCGAGCGAAGCGAUCGGCACCGCGGUUGUCAAGUAUAAUUAUCAGGCACAGCAAGCUGACGAGCUAUCCCUCGUGAAGGGCACUAGAAUUUUGAUACUCGAGAAGAGCAACGAUGGUUGGUGGCGAGGCCAAAGCGGCACCCAAGCUGGCUGGUUUCCGUCGAAUUACACCCAGGAGGAGGGCGAUGCCGACGACACGCUGCACACGUAUGCGAUGGCCGAGAAUGUACUCGAUAUCGUGGUGGCUCUUUAUUCGUUCUCGUCCAACAAUGAUCAGGAGUUAUCGUUCGAGAAAGGCGACCGUCUCGAGAUCCUCGAUCGUCCACCGGCGGAUCCGGAAUGGUACAAGGCGAGAAACAGCCAGGGCCAGGUCGGAUUGGUGCCGCGCAAUUAUCUUCAAGAGCUCAGCGAAUACUUGACGCAACCGUAUCGCGAACGCGGUAUGACGAGCAGUGAGAUAAGUCAAGGAGAUUCCCUCGAACGGAGGCCGGAUCCAGGUGAUCGGCCGCAUCUCGUCGGUAAACCCUGGUACUAUGGUAGUAUUACACGUUCGCAAUGCGAUACACUGCUCAAUCAACAUGGCCACGAUGGAGAUUUCCUAAUCAGGGAUAGCGAAACCAACAUGGGCGAUUAUUCGGUAUCCUUGAAAGCACCAGGACGUAAUAAGCACUUUAGGGUACACGUGGAAGGAGCGCUAUAUUGCAUCGGUCAAAGGAAAUUCCACACAUUAGACCAGCUUGUAGAUCAUUACCAGAGGGCGCCAAUUUACACCAAUAAGCAAGGUGAAAAGUUGUACUUGGUACGCCCAUUACCAAAAGGCAAUGCCAGUAGCAACGGUUGCUAGAUGAAUUCGUGCCAUGAAGAAGAAGAAGAAGACAGUCCAUGCGCUUUCAGAUGUAUCGCUAAGAUACGCGACGCCUGCCUAGUAAUAUCAAUAUCAUCAUACACAUCUCGUACGUUUAUACAUAACAAUUAAUAUAAUUGGUCUACACUCAUAUAUUAGUGUUUCUCGAUUGUUUUUUCCAUUUAUACAGUGACAUAUAUCUAUAUAUAAAUAUAAUUUAUUACUCUAAGUGAAUCUUUUACACACACAUUCUCCUCGGAGCUUCCAGACUACUCAGCAAACGAACAAGGAAACAUAAAUAUGGCAACUAUGUGAAACUAAUUGACAACACAACAAGGCUUAUAUCUUUAUAUUCAUAUGUAAUUGUAAUACGCGAACCGACCAUGUUAUUACAAUUAAUAAUAUAUUACAACUGCAUAUAAUAUAGACUGCGCAAGUGUAAUGAUCAAGUAAUAAUUAAUUAUCAUGCAAUUAUGAAACGAUUAAGUCGAUCCUUACUCUAGAUCUAUCGGUAUUCAAUUAUAACAAAGACUAAGUGUUCAUUUGUGAUUUUGUAUUUAUUAGAAGUUUUUAAGUAAAUAAACUGUAUGUAAGUGUGCAUAAAAAAAGAGAUAGAAUAUAUCCUCGAUUUUACUUUCA